CGUCUACUGCUUCCCCUCUGUCCGUCAUUAUUGUACUCGCCAGUGGCAAUUAAGCAUACGACACAAUGUGGAACAACUACCCCGGGCAGCAGGGCGGCUAUCCGCCCCCUUCGGGUCCCCCGCCGCCAGGCGCGCCUGGAUUUGGCUUCCCUAACCCCAAUCUGCCGUCGCCGAGCCCCGGCUACAAUCCCGGCUACGCACCAGCCUAUGGCGGUCCGCCUGGGGGUUAUACUCCCCCUCCCGGACCUCCGCCACCGGGCGGCCAUCACCACCAUCACCACCACCAACACCACCAAGGAGGCGGGUUCAUGCCGCCCCCGGGCCCUCCUCCUGGUUAUGGUGGCCCUUCUCCUGGCUAUGGUGGACCUCCUCCCAUCCCCGGUGGUCGGCCUGACGGUGGUGGGUAUGGACCUCCGUCUGGUCGUUCCCCUGCACCUCCUUCAUCCUACGGCGACUACCAGCCACCGGCUGGACCUCCGCCCCCACCGCCUUCCCAUCAGCAGCAGUAUGGGCCGACGUUCACGGGGCAGGAUAACCAACAGCACCAGCUGUUUUACCAGUACUCGCAGUGUACCGGGAAGAAGAAGGCACUUUGUGUUGGGAUCAAUUACUUCGGUCAAUCGGCAGAGCUGAAGGGCUGCAUCAACGACGCCCGGAAUGUCACGCGUUUCCUGCAGGAGCUCUAUGGAUACCGAGAGGAAGACAUUGUUCUCUUGACAGAUGACGCCCAGAACCCCCGUCAGAUCCCGACCAGGGACAACAUCAUUCAAGCCAUGCAAUGGCUGGUACGCAACGCGCAACCUAAUGAUUCCCUUUUCUUCCACUACUCCGGGCACGGUGGGCAGACCAAAGAUUUGGACGGCGAUGAGGCAGAUGGCUACGAUGAAGUCAUCUAUCCCGUUGACUUUAAGCAAGCAGGUCACCUGGUAGACGAUACUAUGCAUGAGAUCAUGGUUCGACCUCUUCCUCCAGGUUGCCGCUUGACCGCAAUAUUCGACUCUUGUCACUCGGGCUCGGUUCUCGAUCUGCCGUACAUUUACUCAACGGAGGGUAAGAUCAAGGAGCCCAACCUGGCCGCAGAAGCUGGUCAAGGUUUGCUAUCGGCUGUCACCUCAUAUGCACGUGGUGAUAUGGGCGGAGUAUUCUCAUCUGUCACCGGUCUUCUUAAGACAGCGACUGGAGGGACUCAGCGCGCAGAGCAGAAGACACGCGCAACGAAGACGUCUCCUGCGGACGUGAUCUCGUGGAGCGGUUGCAAGGAUUCGCAAACGAGUGCGGAUACAUUCGAAGCGGGUCAGUCGACUGGCGCGAUGAGCUAUGCUUUCAUGACAUGUCUACGUAAGCUUCGCUGUGGUUGUCUCUUAUGCUUUCCACUGAUCAUCGGUCAUUCAGGCCAGAACCGGCAGCAGAGCUACCAGCAGCUACUCACGAACAUCCGGGCGAUCCUGAAGCAGAAGUACAGUCAGAAGCCUCAGCUCUCGAGUUCUCAUCCUAUGGACGUGAACCUGUUAUUCAUUUGCUGAUGCAUCCCUCGCUUAAACGUCAAUGGACGCUUGUAGAACCUCUUGUACUAUAUGUCGAGCAUCCAAUUUGUGUUCAGAAAUAUGUCACUCGUGAAUGUUUUUGUAGUAUCAUCAUAAGC